AUGAGCAAUUUUAAGGACAUUAAGUCGACCUCCCGUCAACUGAGCUCGGAUAAUAAUUCCGUGAGCAGCAAUGACUGGGAUAUGGCCAAUGAUGUGUUUGUGACCUGCUACGAGGACCCGAUGGGAGAGAAUAUACACGGGGAGAUGGACUCGGUCCAGUCCGGCUUGGAAAUACACCUGCCUCCGCUGCUGCUAGGCGAUCACCGUUUAUCUCAGGACGGCAUGAUAUUGGGCCUAGUGGAGGAAGCUUACUCGGGCUAUCACCCUCUCCCAGACUCAGGGACAGAAUACUUGGAUAUCACAAACGACCUGAACUACACCGAAAGUGAUGGGAAUGUGACUAUAAAGAAACGUAACCGCUCCACCAGUUCCAGGCACCGCGGGGAGGUAGUCACCGAGUUGGGACCAGAGGAAGUGCGAUGGUUCUACAAAGAGGACAAGAGAACCUGGAAGCCAUUUGUUGGACACGACUCUUUGAAAAUUGAAGUCAUUUACCGCAAAUUAUGUGAACUAAAUCCCUGCAAGGUCAAAUGUCGGAGUCCCACCACCGAACCAGAGGAUGCCAGUGUGUCGUCCACGGGUUCCGAGCCCAAACCGGAAGAUGUGGCGGAGGGGGGAGCUGUCCAAGCGGAGCCGGCGACAGGGGACGCAGAGGGUGGAGAGGGACAGAGAAUGCGAGAAAGAUGAACUCGACCUGGAUUCCAUAAGUGUCAACGUUGAGGCUGUUUGCGUCAGAGGUGGUCUCUACGAAGUGGACGUCAAAGAGAAGGAAUGUUACCCCGUCUACUGGAACCGUGAGUAGCCUAUUCUUAUCACUAUAGAUGAUUCUUCUCUCCCUCACUGUUUGUCUUGUUAAUCCUGAUUAUAUCACACUGAUCCCCAGUUCUAUUCAAUAUGGCUGCCAUAACAGUCCCAAACCCUUCAGAGCACAGAUAGAGCAUCUGAUACUGCCCAUUCAAUAGAGUUGGACCGACAUCACCAUAACCACAGUGUAACCCCUCUGUAUGUCCACAGAGCAGGACUGUAUUCCUGUGAUGAGGGGUCAGUGGUUCGUCGACGGCACUUGGCUUCCCCUGGAGGAGGACGAGAGUGACCUCAUCGAGCUGGAGCACCUUGCCCAUUUCCGGGGGCACCAGAUGAGGGAGACCUACGAGGACGCCAUUGAAGUGGUGACCACCACAGUGGGCAACAAGGACGGUAAAGUGGAUGGACUCAAUGGCAAGUGGGACAUGGGCGUGCCGCCGUGUGGGGCGUCGGGUGUGACAGUGUCGAUGAAGGGUGCAUGUGAAUGAUAUGAAUGAACACACACACACACCACUUUCACACUGGUUCUGCACCCAAAAAACAAACAUUUAGAAUAAAGAGAGAACAAAACCUAGCUAGAACAUCGCACAUGGCUACGCAAAAGCAUAUGGCAUAUACUGCUUCCAAGUGCUUUCAAUGAACCUGUACUGUACUACAGACAACACAGGCUACUGUGCAGCACUACAGGAAGUGAGUCACUAUACUGUGUGCAGGCUGUCUUUCUUUAGUGUCAAACCAUUUAGGCAUUUAGGCCAACGUCACAAAGGAAGCUCUGGUCAGCUGACCUCGUUUUAGCCGAGCUCAGCAAAACCAGGGGGACAUUCAGAAGGUCACCUGAAAGUGAAUACAAACUGUGUCAUAGUUAAAAUGGACGGCUUGCAUAAAAGAAAAACAAGCGAUUCUUAUUGAAUAAGUUCAUAUCUGUUUGGGACCAUUUUCUUCCAUUUAGUAACUACUGAACAUUACCACUGUUUAAGUGCGUGCAAGUGGGAUUUCUCCAAACGUCACUGGAGACUUAAUUCACAUUAACGGAAUGAAGUUAUUAGGUCUAUGUUAAUUACUGUUCCUCGUAUUCCUCCAGCAAUCCACAGUUUGAAACUAAGCCGAAGCCAUGUGGACUGGCACAGUGUGGACGAGGUGUAUCUCUACAGUGACGCCACCACCUCCAAGAUCGCACGCACUGUCACCCAGAGACUGGGCUUCUCCAAAGGUUUUUAUUCCCACUGACAUGAAAUAGGAAUCCUCUGUGUUUCAGUGCCUACAAUAUGUUGUGUAACACCUUACUUAAAACCUGCAGGUACAAUGCAACCUAUUAUUGUUAUAAUGCAUUAUAAGAAUUGUCAUAAGCAUGUAUGAACCCCUUAUAAUGUCUCAUCAUCUCAUAAUGAUCCUGACUAAGAACUAGCAGUCUUUUGUGGUAUUUGCUCAAAUACUUUGUUUUGGUACUGUAUAAUAAUAAUAAUAAUAUGCCAUUUAGCAGACGCUUUUAUCCAAAGCGACUUACAGUCAUGCGUGCAUACAUUUUUGUGUAUGGGUGGUCCUGGGGAUCGAACCCACUACCUUGGCGUUACGAGCGCCGUGCUCUACCAGCUGAGCUACAGAGGACCACAUAUAUAUAACUGUAUAUAACUGUACAGUUACAGUAGGCUAAUCAAGUUCAAGUUUUUAUUUACACUAAUAUGGCAUUCAAUACAAAGUGUAAUCCAUGCGCGUACAACAUAUGAAAUGGAUAGGAGGAUAAAAUCCAGCAAUUUUAGAGUGACUCAUUAAUGAGCAGAAGUAUGGGAUGGGUGAUCUUUUGUACCGUUCAGUUCUCAACUUUGGUAUACUGUUGUCAGUUGGUUUUCUCCAGCGGGUGUUCCUGCCCUUCACUGUGUUUCCCUGUGCACUUGUAUACCGUAUAAGAGCUGGUUUACUUCCUCCUCAGCCGGCAGUAGUGGGACGCGUCUCCAUCGGGGCUAUGUGGAGGAGGCAGCGCCCGAGGACACCCCACCCGAAACAACACACAUCGUCUUUGUGGUGCACGGGAUUGGCCAGAAGAUGGAUCAGGGCCGUAUCAUCAGGAAUACGAGCAUGUGAGUUACAGGAACAAGGAAGUCUGUGAUGAAAUGGUAUAAAAUCCUCUCAGACUCUGUCAUUGGGUUUUAUACCAUCUAAUAUGUUUAUAAAUAGUAUUAUUAUGGGGAAAGUGAGCAGAGUGGUUAAUGAGCAGUUAUUAACACCUAUGUUUUGCAUUCUAAGGCAUUAAUAAUGCACUUAUAAUGCUUCACAAAGAGGGUAUUCAUAGGAAGUAUUACCAAACAUUCUUGUUAAUGUAUUUUUUCUUAAUGUGGAUCUGUGUCGGUGCCAUUGCUCGUCUAUAGGAUGAGGGAGGCUGCUAGGAAGAUGGAGGAGAAGCAUUUUUCUGAUCGUUCCACAGAACACGUGGAGUUCCUUCCUGUGGAGUGGAGGUCCAAACUGUGCCUGGAUGGAGGUAUGUGUGGCCACACCCACUUUGUGACCUAUUGAACACCUAAGUGGUCGAAACGUUGUCUGUGGUAGCAUAGAUUGCAGGGUGUGGUGUCUGUUCUUAUCAUGUGAGUAACAGUGGAUGUAUUUGUGUAAUAUUUUCCCACAUCUACUUUGUACUUCACUUUCAAUUAGUUCUAAGAGGUAAAUGCAGUAACAACAGCUGUUGUUGUGUAAUAAAGACAAACAAAUUAACCUGUAAACCCACUGGUCUGUUUGUGCUUUAGCCGUAAUGCAUGACAACAAUACAACAUUUGGUUACUGUACAUUCUGUAUAGGACUAGGUUUCUCACCAGACGGGUUGAAAUGUGUUUUUUGUUGAUGACUUCGGCUGUGUGUGUGUGAUGUUUGUAGACACGGUGGAUUCCAUCACUCCAGACAAGGUUCGCGGACUCAGGGACAUGCUCAACAGCAGUGCCAUGGACAUCAUGUACUACACCAGCCCUCUGUACAGAGACGAGGUGAGAUCCCCCUCACAAAGAGAGGAGAGGCGAGAGAGGAGGAGAGAGAGAGAGAUGAGAGAGAGAAGAGAAGAGAGAGGAGAGAAGGAGAGAUAGAGAGCGAUCGCUCUUCUUCUCUCUCUUCUCUCUCUCUCUCGCUCUAUCUCUCUCUCUCUCUCUCUCUCUCUCUCUCUCUCUCUCUCUCUCUCUCCUCCCCCCCACCCCCCCAAUCUAUAGUAUGCAAUGUCUGUCAGCUGUAGACAACUAUAGGGCCCCACUGGUCACUGUGAGUAUAGACAUGUACAGUAAACAUAUGAUACUGUCCACUUUCACAUUCCAUAUGUCUGUGUCCACUUUCACACGCGCGCGCAUAUGUCCAAUGCAUAUUUUAACACACACACAAACAUAUCAUGUGUUGCAUUGUACAAUCUAAUUUGUCAUACUGUUUGUCUCUGUAGAUCACUAAGGGUCUAACUCAGGAGCUGAAUCGUCUCUACAGUCUCUUCUGCAUGCGGAACCCUGAGUUUGGGGAGAGUGGCAAGGUGUCCAUCGUGUCCCACUCCCUGGGUUGUGUCAUCACCUUCGACAUCAUGACAGGCUGGGACCCGGUACGCUUCCGUCAUGAAGAACUAUGGGCCGACCCAGAGGAGAUGCAAGAGCGCUGGCCAAGCUACCAGGAGCGUCAACUACAAGAAGAGAUGAGAUUCACACGACUCAGGUAGGUAGACACUCACUAGCCAGCGUCAUAUUCAUUAAGCACCAAACGGAUGAACACGACCCAGUGGUCACCCAGUCGCCCACUGUAAUUUGUCCCCAGUGUUGAAUGUUUAUGUUUCAUUUAUAGUUGUGUGAUAAUGUUGUGUUACAUUCAUGUCUAUAGGUUACGAGAUUUGGAAAAUCAGUUUGCUGGGUUGCAAUCCCCAUCAUCUGAAGGCUCUUCUUCAGCCUUGAAAUUUAAGGUGACGUCGACAUUCAAUAUUCCAUUCCUUCUGAUUGUUGUGACAGACAUAUUGAGCUGGGAAUUAACCCUUUGUUCUCCUCUGAUGUUCUCUGUGCCGUUUAUUUGCUUCUAGGUGGAGAACUUUUUCUGCAUGGGUUCUCCCCUGGCCGUGUUCUUGGCGUUGCGAGGGAUCCGACCGGGGAACAACGUGACCCAGGAUCACAUCUUACCCAAAUCCAUCUGUCAACGUCUCUUCAAUGUCUUUCAUCCUACUGACCCUGUGGUGAGCCAACCAACCAAAUCCAGACAGUAGAGUCAUUCAGUCAUGCAGUCAGUCACUGAUGGUAUACUGUAGUAUACCUAUAAAAGAUUGGAAGGUGAAAGGGGAAGGGCUUUGGUAGAGGCUUUGGGAGGGGUUGACACUUACCUGCCGUUUCCGCCUCCAGAAUCACAUCAAGCGGCUAGCUAGUGCAGGCAAGAUCUGGUUCUGGGUUCCAGUAUGGAGAUUGCUGAUGGCAUGAUGGAUGUGCUUAAUGAUGCCUAUGGCUGUAUUUUCAGGCCUACCGAUUGGAGCCCCUGAUCUUAAAGAACUACAGUAACAUUUCACCUGUCCAAAUACACUGGUGAGUAGUGGAUUGAGUAUGUUAUUUUGAAUAUAUUACUUCACAGUCAGUACACACACACACAGACACAGACACAGACACAGAGAGAGAUUGGGAACAGCAAAGAUUCCGCGGAAGAGCAGCGCCCCUGGAGCAGUGUUGUACGAAUCAGGAAUUUGCAUGUUUGUGAAUGACGUAUAUAUUGUGACUGGGUUGUACAGGUAUAACACAUGUAGUCCGACACCGUACGACCAGAUCCGUCCCACGCUGCUCAACCCUGCACUGAAGGAGAGAGCAUCCAUCUCGGACACAGAGAGCCUCCCCAGCCCCUGUACCUCCCCCCCUCAGGCCCGAAGACACUACGGAGAGUCCAUCACAAACCUGGGGAAAGCCAGCAUUAUGGGUGAGAGAGGGAGGGAGUGAGGGGAAGGGAGAGACAUAGGGACUUUCUGUGGUGGAUUCUUUCUUUUUUAUCUUAUAGAUGUUUUUUUAUUUUGGACUUUCCUGAAAUCGCCUAGUGGUCCUAAUGGAGAGAGUGGGCCGUUAGGUCCUAGUGGAGAGAGUGGGCCGUUAGGUCCUAGUGGAGAGAGUGGGCCGUUAGGUCCUAGUGGAGAGAGUGGGCCGUUAGGUCAUAGUGGAGAGAGUGGGCCGUUAGGUCAUAGUGGAGAGAGUGGGCCGUUAGGUCCUAGUGGAGAGAGUGGGCCGUUAGGUCCUAGUGGAGACAGUGGGCCGUUAGGUCCUAGUGGAGAGAGUGGGCCGUUAGGUCCUAGUGGAGAGAGUGGGCCGUUAGGUCCUAGUGGAGAGAGUGGGCCGUUAGGUCAUAGUGGAGAGAGUGGGCCGUUAGGUCCUAGUGGAGAGAGUGGGCCGUUAGGUCAUAGUGGAGAGAGUGGGCCGUUAGGUCCUAGUGGAGAGAGUGGGCCGUUAGGUCAUAGUGGAGAGAGUGGGCCGUUAGGUCAUAGUGGAGAGAGUGGGCCGUUAGGUCAUAGUGGAGAGAGUGGGCCGUUAGGUCAUAGUGGAGAGAGUGGGCCGUUAGGUCAUAGUGGAGAGAGUGGGCCGUUAGGUCAUAGUGGAGAGAGUGGGCCGUUAGGUCCUAGUGGAGAGAGUGGGCCGUUAGGUCCUAGUGGAGAGAGUGGGCCGUUAGGUCCUAGUGGAGAGAGUGGGCCGUUAGGUCAUAGUGGAGAGAGUGGGCCGUUAGGUCAUAGUGGAGAGAGUGGGCCGUUAGGUCCUAGUGGAGAGAGUGGGCCGUUAGGUCCUAGUGGAGAGAGUGGGCCGUUAGGUCCUAGUGGAGAGAGUGGGCCGUUAGGUCCUAGUGGAGAGAGUGGGCCGUUAGGUCCUAGUGGAGAGAGUGGGCCGUUAGGUCCUAGUGGAGAGAGUGGGCCGUUAGGUCCUAGUGGAGAGAGUGGGCCGUUAGGUCAUAGUGGAGAGAGUGGGCCGUUAGGUCAUAGUGGAGAGAGUGGGCCGUUAGGUCCUAGUGGAGAGAGUGGGCCGUUAGGUCCUAGUGGAGAGAGUGGGCCGUUAGGUCCUAGUGGAGAGAGUGGCCCGUUAGGUCAUAGUGGAGAGAGUGGGCCGUUAGGUCAUAGUGGAGAGAGUGGGCCGUUAGGUCAUAGUGGAGAGAGUGGGCCGUUAGGUCAUAGUGGAGAGAGUGGGCCGUUAGGUCAUAGUGGAGAGAGUGGGCCGUUAGGUCAUAGUGGAGAGAGUGGGCUGUUCGGCAAGAACAGACCCACCCACAUACACUACAUGGCCAAGAGUAUGUGGACACCCCUUCAAAUGAGUAGAUUCGUCUAUUUCAGCCACACCCGUUGCUGACAGGUGUAUAAAAUCGAGCACACAGUCAUGCAAUCUCCAUGGACAAACACUGGCAGUAGAAUGGCCCGUACUGAAUAGCUCAGUGACUUUCAACGUGGCACCGUCAUAGGAUGCCACCUUUCCAACAAGUCAGUUUGUCACAUUUCUGCCCUGCUAGAGCUGCCCCGGUCAACUGUAAGUGCUGUCAUUGUGAAGUGGAAACGUCUAGCAGCAACAAAGGCUCAGCCGCGAAGUGGUAGACCACACAAGCUCACAGAACAGGACCACCGAGUGCUGAAGCGCGUAAAAGUCGUCUGUCCUACCGAGUUCCAAACUGCCUCUGGAAGCAAUGUCAGCACAAUAACUGUUCGUCUGGAGCUUCAUGAAAUGAGUUUCCAUGGCCGAGCAGCCGCACACAAGCCUAAGAUCACCAUGUGCAAUGCCAAGCGUCAGCUGGAGUGGUGUAAAGUUUGCCGCCAUUGGACUCUGGAGCAGUGGAAACGCAUUCUCUGGAGUGAUGAAUCACGCUUCACCAUCUGGCAGUGCGACGGACAAAUCUGGGUUUGGCAGAUGCCAGACCAUUUCUGUGCGUCCAACUAUGUGGCAACAGUUUGGGAAAGGCCCUUUCCUGUUUCAGCAUGACAAUGCCCCCGUGCACAAAGCGAGGUCCAUACAGAAAUGGUUUGUGGAGAUCGGUGUGGAAGAACUUGACUGGCCUGCACAGAGCUCUGACCUCAACCCCAUCGAACACCUUUGGGAUGAAUUGGAACGCCGACUGCGAGCCAGGCCUAAUCGCCCAACAUCAGUGCCCGACCUCACUAAUGCUCUUGUGGCUGAAUGGAAGCAAGUCCCCACAGCAAUUUUCCAACAUCUAGUGGAAAUCCUUCCUAGAAGAGUGGAGGCUGUUAUAGCAGCAAAGGGGGGAACCAACUCCAUAUUAAUGCCCAUGAUUUGGGAAUGAGAUAUUGGACGAGCAGGUGUCCACAUACUUUUGUAUAUAUUUAAUUUUGUGGAAAGAUCUCAUUUGAUCUCGCUGAAACAGAAGUAGCUUGCAUAGCUGAUGUAACAGCAAGCCAAGCACAAAAUCAAUGCCCAGAAAACACAGCCUCAACAAAUCAAUGGAGAGCAAUUAAGUCUCGUCACAGGGAUUGACACUAUAGGACUUCUGAUUUAUAUAUUUCCUUUAUUCAUGAUUAGAUGUUAUUUUUUAAAGAACACUUUUCAGUAUAGGACCAAGUCUAAGGCAAUGAUUUGUAAAUUCAUGGGUGUGCUAUGUACAGUAUGAAUGUUAUUGUGUUUUCCUGCCUAUAUCUGUGAGGAGACGUUACUUGAUUGAUAUGUCCUGUGCUGUGCUGUGCUGUGAUGUGCCAUGUGUGUUUGUAUGUGUGUGUGUCUGUGUCUGUCCAUCUUUGAGUUUCACUGUGUUCUCCAUCUCGGCAGGUGCGGCCAGUCUCGGGAAAGGCAUUGGUGGGAUCUUCUUCUCCCGCUUCUCACGCUCAAGUGGUCAGGUGGGCAGCGUGGAGGAGGAGCCUUCUGAUUCGGAGAGUGGGGUCUUGGAGAUGGAUAAUGCCGUAUCAGGAGAGGAGGGCGUGGCUAUGGAGUUAGAGAAGUUACCUGUAGUAGAGGAGACAAGGGAAAUAGAGCCCUCCAUGUCUCGGUCCACCUCGGCUAUCCUGGAAAACACCACAUGUACGUAUCAGGGAUGGAAAUGAAGCUAGCCCAUGGCUAGUACUUUUCAGACCGGGCUAGUAGAAAAUGUGUCCAACUAGCCCACCGGUUAGUGACAUUUUUUAUUUUCAAUUAUCGCAGGGCAUAGAUUUUGGACCCGGGUAAAAAUGUCAGUCUAGCCCAGCUGGCCAGUGCCCAAAGUCCUUAAAGACAUACUCCAGAACUUUGGCGACUACUAAGUAUUUUUUAAACAUCCUGCUUUGGGCUGGAUGUGUCAAUGUUUAGUUCAGACGUGGGCCAGCCCCCUAGCAAUUCGAGUUUUAGCCAAUGAGCUUCUGGUACUCGCCAUUUGAGUGACAACUAGCAAGAUGACCACACAACAGAGCAAGAGAGAGCAAUGACGUGGUACACAUAUUUGCACAUACUGUAUGUGAUGUAAUACACAAUUUACGUGGACCAUUUUUGGCUCGUAAGUCCUACUUUCAGAACUACUGGCUAAAAAGUAUAUAAAAGUACCAGAGAAUCUCUUUCAGUAAAUUCCAUCCCUGUCGAUGACGGAUCAAAUAUAUUUUUUAAAUAUAUAUUCUUUAACUUUUUACCCCUUUUUCUCCCCAAUUUCGUGAUAUCCAAUUGGUAGUUACAGUCUUGUCCCAUCGCUGUACCGACUUGGGAGUGUCGAAGGUCGAGAGCCAUGCGUCCUCCGAAACACGACCCUGCCAAGCCGCACCGCUUCUUUGACACACUGCUCGCUUACCCCGGAAGCCAGCCGCACCAAUGUGUCGGAGGAAACACGGUGACCGAAGUGAGCGUGAAUGCCCCAGCCCGCCACAAGGAGUCGCUAGAGCGCGAUGGGACAAGGACAUCCCGGCCGGCCAAACCCUCCCCUAACCCGGACGAUGCUGGGCCAAUUGUGCACCGCCUCAUGGGUCUCCCGGUCGCGGCCGGCUGCGACACAGCCCGGGAUCGAACCCGGGUCUGUAGUGACUCCUCAAGCACUGCGAUGCAGUGCAUGACGGAUCUAUUUAACUGAAGCACUUACCCUAGUGCUUCCCCCACAGACCUGGAUCAAAUAUGUAUUGCAAAUACUAAAUACUUGAGGUGUGCUUGAUUUAGUUUGUCAGGCGUAAUCAAUCAACCAAUCAUUCAACCAAUUAACCAAUCAAAUGUAUGUGUAAAACCCUUAUUACUGCAGUUGUCACAAAGUGCUUUUACAGUAACCCGGCCCUAGAACCAAGCAAAGGCAGAAGUCAGAGGACAGUAGCCAGGAAAACCUCCUUGAAAUGAAGAAAUCUAGAAACUGUGCCCUGUAGUAUAACCAAACAUGUAUCAUAAGUGCAAACUCAUGCUAGGCCAGCUAAAUAAAGCGUUAGUAUAUAAAGUAUUUGAAAAACCCAGGUCUGCUCCCUCAUAUUGUUAUCGGAAAGCAGCAGUGAACUUUACUAUGCACUAUGCCCUUUUGACAGAGGUUUCCCUAUUGCCUGUUCUAGUUGUGUUUUGUUAUGGUGUCUAUGGCUAGUAUUAAAAGGGUUUGUGGGUGUGUUUGUUUUAACUCUGUCUUUCUUUGUGUUACAGUGGAGUUGGAGAGGCGCAUUGACUUUGAGCUGCGAGAAGGCAUGGUGGAGAGCCGCUAUUGGUCGGCGGUGACCUCGCACACAGCCUAUUGGUGUUCACACGACGUGGCACUGUUUCUUCUCACCUUCAUGUAUAGACAGGAGUAUCCCACUCAGCUCUCUGAGGAUAACCCAGAGUUAUCCUAACCCACAGCCAACACACACACACACACACACACACAGACACAGACACAGAGAGAGAGAGACACACACACACACACACACACACAGAGAGACACACACACUCUUUUCCCCUCUCCCUCAACACAUAUAAUAGUCUCCCAGUGUACACACAGAUCUUGCGACCAGACCGAUGAGACAUAACUGUGUAUCAGAGACCACUUCACAGCCUGCGGUCAACCUGUGGUAAGCCUGUGUUCAUCUCCUCAGAGACUGUUCCCUUUACCCUAUGGUCCUAAUAGUGACUGUUCCUCAUAUACCCACCCUGUGGGUUUAUUGAAGACUACCGCCCAGGCACACACGAAGACUGUUCCUCUUUCCUGCGACUAAAUGAUGACUCUAGGACCAAGCAUCUGUCAAUGUUCAUUAUCUUGGACUCAGCAGCGACUGUGUUGGUGUCGGACACAGCUUUGACUGGUUCUGUAUGACUCAUGAAACUGUAGCCAUGCCUCAAGCCUAACCUCCUCUCACAACUCCCAGCAUCAACACUCAUUCAGAUGUUUAGCCUGUUGAGAGAGUUACAUCCAAAUGCAUCCCUUAGAACAUUGAAACCCAUUUGAUUUCAUCAUUUGAUUUCAACCCGUCAGGUCGAUCAAAGUGGAUUGUUACGGAAGGGUUGAUUGUCCGUUCAGGAUAGUUUGACCAGGCUAGGCUUAAAGCCCCUUUAUUGAUGACGACAUUGGACUGGAGCAUAUGGUAGACUAAAUAGAAUGCAGCCCUAUAGACUAACUGUACUGCUAUGCUGAUGUCUGGAGGCACCAGAUUAGAACAUGUGGUGGUACCAUGUUUACACUAACUGACUAACUGAAGGUUCCUAUAAGGGAUGGUGGACAGAUGCUAAUGUUGAGUACACAACUUUAACAAAGUUGCCAAAUACCGUUUUUGUUUAUAUUUCAUAACUUAAUGGCAGGUUCGGUCUCUUGGCUGAUCCACCCAUUGGAAGACCACAUAAUUGUUUUGUUCUACUGUGAAUUGAUAGCUUGAUAGAGCAGAGCACUACUAUAUGUGUUUGUACUACUAACACUGACAUGUUGCACAUAAUGCAGUAACUUUCUGCUUUCUAGGUCAGGCAACAAACAAGAGAGACAACAUAUCAGUAAAACAAGGCAUGAAGGACCCAUGCAAAAUGUUUCAUUUACAUCCAAGUAACUAAAGAGAGUUGCAGUGGAGAGGACUGGAUAAUACACUAUACUUCUAUUUCUAAUACAUUAUUAGACUCAAUAACGACACUGGUUAAAAUGAAAAUGAAGCAUGCAGUAUGUACCUAAAUAGGGAGGAAUAUGCUUUGCUUAGGAUUGUCUUGCUGUUAGUGAGGGAUCGUAGCAUGCAGGCUCAUUUGGGGGGGUUACUUCAUGAUUUGUUAAAGGCUUUUAGCAAAUGAAUUACACUAACAUCAAAUGACAUCACUUACAUCGGAUCUCUCUGCCAAAAUCAAGCUUGCCAUCAGGAUUUUUUUUAUAUGAUCUGUGUAAACACAGCAGAGUUGUUUUUACACAGUAUGAGUUAGGAUGACUUUUUACUUCCUUGUGAAUGUUAGCUAUUUAAUUUCUCCUCAGAUGUGUUUGAAAGCCUCCCUUGUUAGGUCAGACUGUCAGAUUCCUAGGUAUGCUACUCUAUCAUCCCAAUGCCUUGGCUCUAACACCUGAUUCCCACUAUAGGGCCGACCUAAACUAAACUGUGCUGGCACAGAUAUUUUAUUUUCACAUUGUCCUUUCUAGCAUGGUUCUAACAACUAUGGUGGAUACCUAACCAGACCAGGCCAGUACAACUCAGCUUAGUUUGGCUAAGUAGUGUGAAAGGCCUCUUACCCAUGGUUCUCUCCUUGGUUCUGCAUAUCCUUGUUUACAUGUCAUCCCACUGGGCACAGACGUCAAUUCAACGUCUAUUCCACGUUGGUUCAACGUAAUUUCAUUACGUAAUAAUCAUGGCUUGAACAGAGCAAAUAGAAUGGCAUAAACACAUGGAAACCAUUUGAUACCAUUCCAUCAAUUCCGCUCCAGCCAUUACCACGAGCCCGUCCUCCCCAAUUAAGGUGCCAUCAACCUCCUGUGCUAAGGAAAUUGAAUUGUGAUUAUGUUGUGGGUCGUCCACCCUUCAGUUGUGGGUCGUCCACCCUUCAGCUGUAUUCCCUUUUGCCUUCCACCAGAGGACACUAUUUUUAUGUCAUGUCUCCUCUCCACUCACUGUCCAAUCCACUCAUUACUCACUAUUUUUAACGGUCGUCACUAGUUACCACAGCCACAAAGUCAUAAACCCCGCCUAAUUCUGAAAUGUAUCUUCUUAAAAUGUGAUUUAAAACCUAACCCUAACCACACUGCUAACCUUAUGCCCAACUCUAACCUUAAAUGAAGACCAAAAAGCUCAUUUUUGUUUGUUUUCAUGAAUCUUUACGAUAGCCAAUAUUGACUUUGUGGAUGUGGUAACUAGUGGAAACCAAUUUUAACCUGUGUUUCGUUCCCUCUUCAAAUUAAUAACGUGGUGCUUAACCUUGGUAAACCUUUUGUUUUACAUUAAAAUAGAUCUCUACAGCUGUCUGUCUGUGGUCUCAGUUCAUUCAACAUUAGGCCUACUUUUGAAAAAAUAAAGUCGAGCCAUAUAAGUGAGCUUUGGAUAUAGUGUCAUGGCAAAUUCAAGUUUUUAAAGGGGCAAUCAGCUGUUGCUACAUCCAUAUUUUGACUUAUAAAUUAAUGAUAUGUACCCACUGAUUCAGCUGUCGUACCCUAUCAGAACCCCAAAUAUAAACUUGUUUUACUUCAUUGUUUGUAAACAAAAAAUGUAAAAACAAACACUAUAUAGCCUCAAAACAUGGUUAAAACUAUAAUUUUGAUAUCAUGGAUCCUUACAUCCAUAGCUCUGUCUAUGCAUUGGAGAGUGAAUACAUUUACCCAGUCCAAUCCCUCAGCUUUUUACCAAACCAGGGGUGGGGUGCAAUGGUCAUUGUUUCUACUGCUGAUUGCCGCUUUAAAGUAUGACUUUGAGAGAGCAACCUGCAAAGAAUAAGCCUACAAAGAAUUAUGGUAAACCAAGAUUAAAAUUAUUUAUUGUAUGAGUUUCAACCCAAUAAAUCAAUUCUCCCACGUGACUUCUAACUUGUUGAAAUGGGAUGUCUCCAGAUAGAUACGCCUUCUCCGCAAGCCACGCGGUUGUUGUGUGACUCUAGACCCGAAAUUUAACUCGGAUUCUAAACCUUGACGCGGUUGAUUAGAGGGGGCAGCCUGACAGUUAUAAAAGGCAGUGGAGUCGUUCGGUAAUCAGACUAGCUAGUUCUGCGUCUUGGUGGAGUAAAACAACAAAACAGGUAUUGUAAACGAUACUUACUUUCUUCUCUCUUAGUUGUCUGUCGAGGGAUGCUAAAGAAUAAUCGAUAAAGCAUUUGGGGAUUUUUAUGAUUAAUUUAAUCAAAUGUAAUCGAAUAAAGAGUACCCAUGACGCAUUAAGCUGAUUCAAAUGAAUUUAUCCCCCACUCUUACAGGUGUGAAGUUUCCCUUUCACUAACUACAAUACAGAUUGUUACACCAGAUAAUGUGAUUUAACCAAAGAGAUUUGGUAUCCAUUACUGGGAGUUACAGGAUAGGUACUGUUUGGUGUAACACUGAGAAUUUUCGACCAACCUUGGCGAUACUGUCUUCGUCCUUGAUUUGUAGAAACUGGGGUCUCAUAAAGUGUCCAGUUGCAGUGGGUCCGUUUGAAUUUGCUCCAUGAAGAAAUCCAACAAUGUGUACGCCGCCAGCUUGUCUAUUUCAAGUCAUCUCUCAUUGAUCGAGACAGGUGGCUAUCAUCAUGACUUGCGGCACUUUGGGGUGGACACCCACCUGUCUAGAAAAGUAUCUGCGCUACACUAAACAUUACCUAUCCUGUAACAACCAGUAAUGGAAUACCAAAAAUAUUUGUUACACCAGAUAAUGUGAUUUAACCAAUCUUUCACCUAUGGUGAUCACUCUGAGUCAAGGUGUCAUUCAUUUGGAAUACAAUACACUAAGCAUAUGACUCACGAGUAAAAUACUCAAUAUUUUCCCCCAUCAAUCUGUCCUUCUUUUUUGUCCAUUACCUAUCUGGCAUCCAGAUCCACUAUGAAUAUCCAGUCAGCUAUCAACAGGGAGGUGUUUGCCCCCCGGGAUGAGAGGAUACUAGUGGCUGUGGAGGUUAAGAGGAGACCGAAGAAAAGACUUUCCUUUCUGCCCACUGGAGGCAAGGCAGGAUAUAUAACAUACAUCUGUCUGUCAGGUAGGCUACUGUAACAGAUUUCUUUCAGCUGGAACCAGUGUGACUUGAAUUUUAAGUCCACAAAAAGACUUGUUGCUCUGCUGUAUAAAUGAUAUUGUUCAGGAUUAAAAGGCUGCAUUGUUUAACCAUCUCAUGGUGGAAUUAUCUGAAUGGAAGGAUGCACAGCUAUUCAUCAUGUUGCAAUCAGGACAUUGUGCUGCUGGCUAUCUAAUACCACUGAGUCUGACAUUGUCAGAGGACAUGGAUCCUAUAACUGAGCAGGAAGGAUCACUUGCGUGUUAUUUAGAUGUUCAAUGUCACUCACUACAUCCAUAGUAGCUAUUGUUACUGUGAUGAAGUCACCCAGAGCCAUGGGCAUUCACUGCCCCAGUGUCCCUUGAGGGACUCUUCACCCCGUCCCAAUUACACCACUGACGGAUGAGUGACUAGUGUCCUCAGCUGGCACUGCCAGUCUCCCCCCAUUUACAAAUCCUCAUAUUGUGUGUACAAGAGAAACCACUGAAGAAGAAUGGGCAUUGGCGGUCUGUUUGUUGAUCUGUGAUGGUGACUGGUCCCGUGUGUGUAUGUCCAAUGUUUGAUAAAAAUGAAACACACAUUUAGUAGUGGAAAGUGAAUCCUGAAUCUCUUCUUUAUAUCCUGUCUUCAUUGUAGUACUGAGUAGAUUUACUUCUACAUUUUGGGGUUUUAUGAAGUGUGCUUACUUUCAUAUUUCUAACCCAUGACCCCUCCUAAUCCCCCCAGUGACCAAUAAGAGGCCAGCUCAGCUCCUCAUCACCAAGGUCAAGCGGUUUGGAGGCUCCGCCCCCUUCACAAGGAGGUCACAGUGGAGCGUGGAGCAGCUCCGCCAGGUCGAUGGCAUCGACCCCAACAAGGUGACAUCAUCAUAGAGCUAGUAUAGAUGUGAUAUUCUGUGUAGUGUUUUUUAAAUUUAAUUCUAUAGAUCUUAGCCUGUACUGCCUACACUCUCUGUUGGAAGCCCUGUAUCCCAGACCCAUCCAUUUCAUUCCUCUUUCCUUAGCCACUCUCCCUGUUAAUUUGCAUAUUCACAUGCGCUUCUGCCAUGUUCAGUGUUGUCCCAAAGCAGAAUGGAUGAAAAUCAGACCCUAGUAUAGCCAAUCAAGUCUUGAUGGGUAAAGGGUUGUAUUGGGAUUGGAGCACCAGGAUUCUGACCUGUGUUUCUGGUCGGUUGGUUUGGUCCGCUAUUCUCCUCUACCGUCUUAUGACCUCUCUAUUGUAUCCCUCAUCUGUAUACCCUUCUGGAUCGCCCACAGGACUGCCCAGAGUUUGACCUGGUGUUUGACAACGCCUUUGACCAAUGGGUGGCCAGCUCAGCGGCAGAGAAGUGCAUCUUCAUCCAGAUCAUGUACCACGCCUGUCAGACUUACUGGGAGGGCAAGGUAGGGGUCCCUGGUGGCCCGGCUAGCCCAGCUGGAGACCAGCAGAAGGACCAGAGAGCUAGUCCAGGGGGCCAGGUUAGCCCAGGGGCCCAAGGGGGCCAAAGAGGAGGUCCAGGGGCCCAGGCUAGACGGAAGAGCACAGUGGGUCCCAGGCCCCGCCAGACUGAAUUUGUCAACUGUCAGUCCAAACUCACAGGAGGUAAGGGGUUGUUGAAGGAGAAGCACAGUCCGUCCCAAUUCACUCCCUUCCCCUUGGUCCUAACCCGUCCAUGUUUGCAGAUCGACGUGCUAUAGCCUAGGGGAAGUGUUAGGGCUAGGGAAAUGUUAGGGAGCGAAUUUGGACCAGCUGUCAGUGGGCAUUAUUCUGGUACCACUUCAACCAUAGGAGUGGCUUAUCCUCUCACCUCUCAUGAUAUGGCAGGGACUCCAAUUUCAUGUUUGAUUCUGUGCUGUCUAUUUUACCUAUUCAUCAUGGGUAUGAUACAGCUUUUAUCAGUCUCAUUGCUGUCAUUCUAACAGAUGCCUGCACUGUGAAUCUGGUCAUCUACCGUUGCAAGGUCUUCUUCAACCACAUGAAGAAGGUGAUGGUUUCAAAACAAAGCAGUCCUCUGGCUGGAGGUAAGGGAGUAACCACCCCCCCCUCCCAAAUAACCAAUAAUUCUCUGUCAUUGGGUAGCAACACAGUCUUUGCAGAAAUGACAAAGUUGUAUAAGGACAUAGCCUUAGUGGUAGGCCUAUGGUUGUAUCCUUUAUAUUCUCAUGGAUUCCUAAUCCUCUCUCAGGCGAUUGAUGGUUUUGUCUAUUGUCCUCUGUAACACCUCUCUCUGCUACAGUAGAGAAUGGCUCUUCUAUGAGGUUGCGGCUAGAUGAGUGGCGACUUUGUGUCCAAACCUCCUGCUAAAAAACAAAGGCUGGCCCUGUGAGAAGAAACGCGGCUCCCCAUUCGUGUGUGUUUGUGGCACAGGGAGAGGUGCCAGGCAGUAGCAGGGCGUAGAGACGCGGCGCAACAGCAAAUGUUGGGCAGUCUCUCUCCUAAGCUGACCACUCCAGGCGGUAUGAAAUAGCCCCCCCCCCACCACAGGCAAUUUUUACCUCUCUCGACAAACAUUAGUUUAGAAUAAAAGAAAGCCAAGAUGGCUAGCUCGACAUUCUGAUUCUGGCUCUUGGAUGUUGUAACAAAAUGUUAUGCCUGUUGGGUAUCUCAUCUGGGUAUCCCAUCUCUGAUGUACUACUCUCUGUGUGUUGUCAUGUACAGUACUACUCUCUGUGUGUUGUCAUGUACAGUACUACUCUCUGUGUGUUGUCAUGUACAGUACUACUCUCUGUGUGUUGUCAUGUACAGUACUACUCUCUGUGUGUUGUCAUGUACAGUACUACUCUCUGUGUGUUGUCAUGUACAGUACUACUCUCUGUGUGUUUUCAUGUACAGUACUACUCUCUGUGUGUUGUCAUGUACAGUACUACUCUCUGUGUGUUGUCAUGUACAGUACUACUCUGUGUGUUUUCAUGUACAGUACUACUCUCUGUGUGUUGUCAUGUACAGUACUACUCUCUGUGUGUUGUCAUGUACAGUACUACUCUCUGUCUGUGUUGUGCAGCAGGUCCCAGAGCAAGUCCCAGUGGGCAGCGCCCCCCAAGGGGCAGUUUGGGUAGUGUAGUCAAGAGGGCAAGCCAGGCCCUGCAGGAGCGUGGGGAAAGACUGGGCCGGGCCGAGGACAAGACGGUGGACCUGAUGCACAAAGCCCAGCAGUUUGCAGACACUGCUCACAAGGUGAGACAUGUCACGGUUGAAUGUAAAUAGUAUACACGCACACGCUAACACACCACACCACACGCUAACACACCACACCACACGCUAACACACCACACGCUAACACACCACACCACACGCUACCACACCACACCACACGCUACCACACCACACCACACGCUACCACACCACACGCUACCACACCACACGCUAACACACCACAUGCAAAAAAAACACACGCUAACACGCUCGCACAUUCGCUGACACUCCGCGCUCGCUCGCACAUUCGCUGACACUCCGCGCUCGCUCGCACAUUCGCUGACACUCCGCGCUCGCUCGCACAUUCGCUGACACUCCGCGCUCGCUCGCACAUUCGCUGACACUCCGCGCUCGCUCGCACAUUCGCUGACACUCCGCGCUCGCUCGCACAUUCGCUGACACUCCGCGCUCGCUCGCACAUUCGCUGACACUCCGCGCUCGCUCGCACAUUCGCUGACACUCCGCGCUCGCUCGCACAUUCGCUAACACUCCGCGCUCGCUCGCACAUUCGCUAACACUCGGGGCCUUAGGGAUACGGAGGGACGUGGGUGGGAUGCUGAUCACUGGGAUGACGGCUCAACUUGGGAUGGGGAGGGGCUUUAGCGGGGGAAUUAGUGGAGAACAAUUGAAGGGUUACUCCGUAGCAAUGCAAAUAUCACGGUACAGCUAUAUGGACACUCAAUCAUUACGCUAUUUUUUAUUGAUAAAUUUACAAACAUAUAUAUAAUGAUAAAUAGACUUGAAACUUGUAUCUCAUUAUGGUGUAUGGUGAAAUAAGUAUAGCCAGUUAUAAUUGUAAUGGCUUAGCUGAUAAUAACAAAAGAAGAACAAUAUUUACAUGGCUCAAAGAGAAGGAAUAUAAUAUCUAUUGUAUACAGGAAACUCAUUCAACAAUUCGAGAUGAAGUAGCGUGGAAAAAAGAAUGGGGGGGGGAAAUAUAUUUCUCCCAUGGGCAAAGAAAUUCAAAAGGGGUGAUGAUAUUAAUUAAUAGUAAUUUCGAUCCAAAUGUGCAAAUUGUCCAAAUAGAUACGCAAGGUAGAUGGAUUAUUUUAAAUAUGGUAUUGGACCAUAAACAGAUAUGGCUCAUUAACCUUUACGGACCAAAUAAUGAUGAUCCACAAUUCUUUGACAAUAUAUAUAAUACAUUAUCAAGCCUGCAAGCAACUCAAGACAAUAUUAUUAUGGUGGGGGAUUAUAAUACUGUUUUAAAUAGCUCAAUGGACCGAAAAGGAAAUCACACCACAAACAAUCACCCACAUGCUCUUAAGGAAAUUGUGAAUGUCAUGGAUACAUUAGAACUAGUAGAUAUAUGGAGGCUUAAAUAUGCUGAUCUAGUGAGAUAUACAUGGCGGAGACUGAAUCAAGCUAGUCGUCUUGACUUCUUUCUUAUCUCAUUCUCGUUGGCACCAAAAGUAAAAAAAAGUGUUGAUAGGGGACAGAAUGCGGUCGGACCAUCAUAUAAUAGGCAUAUACAUUACUCUGACUGAAUUUCCACGUGGGCGAGGAUAUUGGAAAUUUAAUCAAAGCCUAUUAGAUGAUAAUUUAUUUAUAAUUAGAACAAAGGAAUUUAUAACUGACUUUUUCCAACAUAACAUAGGUACAGCGAAUCCCCUUAUUGUAUGGGACACCUUUAAAUGUGCCUUUAGAGGCCAUGCAAUUCAGUACUCAUCUCGAAAACAAAAGCAAUUUAGGUCAAAAGAGUUUAUACUAAGAAAGGAAAUAGAAAGUCUAACAGAACAGAUAGAUGGCAAUAAAAACUGUAACAUAGAGGCUCAGAAUAAAUUAGAGGAAAAACAAAAAGAAAUGGAAAAACUUAUUCAAGAAAGAUCAAGUGUAAUAUAUUAUAAAAAUAAAGCAAACUGGAUGGAAUAUGGGGAAAAAUGCACAAAAUUCUUUUUUAAUCUUCAACAUAGGAAUGCUACCAAAAAGAACUUAAUGAAACUAGUUACAAUUGACGGAGUCACCCAUAAUUCACCUAAUGAUAUUUUGAAGGAAGAAACAAAGUAUUUUAAGCAUAUGUUUUCUUUUCAGUCGCCUCCAUCUCCUCUAACUGAAGCUAAUUGUAGAGAUUUUUUUUCUAUUGAUAAUGUCAAAUUAACAGCCACACAGAAAGACUCAUGUGAAGGUGAAAUUACAGAGGAGGAACUUCUGGAUGCAAUUAAAGACUUUAAGUCGGGGAAAAUCGAGGUAUACCAAACCUUUUUUGAUAUACUAAGAGGACCGUUAUUAGCAUGUUUUAACCACUCCUAUGUAAAUGGUAGAUUAUCUGACACUCAAGAAGAAGGUCUGAUCUCAUUAUUACUGAAACAGGAUACAAGUGGAAAAUAUAAAGAUCCAGUCCAUUUACAAAAUUGGAGGCCACUUACACUUCAGUGUUGUGAUGCAAAAAUCCUAGCAAAAUGUAUAGCGCAUAGAAUUAAAAAGGUAUUGUCGGAUAUUAUUCAUUCUAAUCAGACAGGUUUUUUACAUGGAAGAUACAUUGGAGAUAAUAUAAGGCAAGUAUUGGAAACAAUAGAACACUAUGGAAAAUAUGGGAAACCAGGCCUGCUAUUCAUAGCAGACUUCGAAAAGGCAUUUGAUAAAGUUCGACUGGAAUUUAUAUAUAAAUGCCUGGAGCAUUUCAAUUUUGGAGAAUCUCUUAUAAAAUGGGUCAAAAUCAUGUAUAGUAACCCUAGGUGUAAAAUAGUAAAUAAUGGCUAUUUCUCAGAAAGUUUUAAACUAUCAAGAGGAGUGAAACAAGGUUGUCCACUAUCGGCAUAUCUAUUUAUUGUGGCCAUCGAGAUGUUAGCUAUUAAAAUCAGAUCCAAUAAUAAUAUCAGGGGAUUAGAAAUACAGGGCUUAAAAACAAAGGUGUCAUUGUACGCAGAUGAUUCAUGUUUUCUUUUAGAUCCACAACUAGAAUCCCUCCACAGCCUCAUAGAGGAUCUAGAUACAUUUUCUAACCUCUCUGGAUUAAAACCAAAUUAUGACAAAUGUACUAUAUUACGUAUUGGAUCACUAAAAAAUACAAUUUUUACAUUACCAUGUAGUUUACCAAUAAAAUGGUCUGAUGGUGAUGUGGAUAUACUCGGAAUACAUAUCCCAAAGGAAAUAAAUGAUCUCACUUCAAUACAUUUUAAUAGAAAGUUAGCAAAAAUAGAUAAGAUCUUACUACCAUGGAAAGGAAAAUACCUGUCAAUUUGUGGAAAAAUCACCCUGAUUAACUCUUUAGUAUUAUCCCAGUUUACCUAUUUGCUUAUGGUCUUGCCUACGCCUAGCAAACAGUUUUUUAAAAUAUAUGAGAAAAAAAUAUUCAAUUUUAUUUGGAACGGCAAGCCAGACAAAAUUAAAAGAGCAUAUUUAUAUAAUGAAUAUGAAUUCGGAGGACAGAAAUUAUUAAAUAUUAAAGCAUUAGACCUAUCACUAAAAUCUUCAGUCAUCCAAAAGUUAUACUUAAAUCCGAACUGGUUCUCAAGCAAAUUAGUAAGAUUGUCUCACCCACUGUUCAAGAAAGGCCUUUUUCCCUUUAUUCAGAUUACAAUCUCUCACUUUCAGUUAUUUGAAAAGGAAAUAAUCUCCCAAAUGUCACUAUUUCUAAAACAAGCCAUAGAAAGUUGGUUGCAAUUUCAAUUUAAUCCUCCAGAAACGACAGAACAAAUAAUGCAACAAAUAUUGUGGUUAAAUUCAAAUAUACUAAUUGACAAAAAACCUUUAUUUUUUGACAGAAUGUUUAAAAAAGGUAUAAUCUUCGUAAAUGAUAUCAUCGGUAGGACUGGUGGAGUUAUGUCGCACAUGCAGCUAACUAAAACAUAUGGAAAUGUCUGCUCUACCCAAAAUUACAACCAAAUAAUUGCAGCCUUACCGCAAAAGUGGAAGAGGAAAGUUGAAGGGGGAGAAAGUAAGGAACUUGUCUGUCGGCCUUGCAUUAAAGAACAUAAUUGGUUAAGGAAAACUGUGAUAAAUAAAAAAGUAUAUCAGUUUCACUUAAGGACCAAAGGAUUGACAGCCGUCCCAUAUAGAUUGCAAAAUAGUUGGGAAGAGAUCUUUGACGUACCAAUCCCAUGGCAUAGUGUUUAUGAACUGACACGCAAAACGACACCGGAUUCAAAAAUUAGAAUCUUUCAAUUUAAAUUAUUAUAUAAAAUUCUUGCUACCAAUAGAAUGUUAUUUAUAUGGGGGAUACAAUCUUCCCAGCUCUGCAGAUUUUGCUGUGAAGAGAUAGAAUCAUUAGAUCAUUUGUUUUGGUUCUGUCCAUUUGUAGCUUGUUUUUGGACACAGGUCCAGGAAUGGCUAAAGGAUUGCAAUAUUUACCUGGAACUAACCUUGCAGAUAGCAUUACUGGGUGAUCUGAAAAGUCAUAGUCAAUCAAUCAAUAAUAUAAUAAUACUUUUAGCAAAAAUGUUUAUUUUUAAUUCACAAUCUGUAGAAGCAAUGAGAAUAGAAAGGUUCAGAACUUUUGUAAAACAUCACAGUAUGGUUGAAAUAUAUAUGGCAAAUAGAAAUCCUAUAUGGAUGGUGUUAAGAGAUAGAUGGGAGGUAUUGAAUAGAGUUGAAGGAUGGGACUAAUAACAAAUAACAACAAAUAAUAACAAAGAUAGCUAAUAAUGUAAGCAUACUGUGUCCAUAAUAAGUAUAUAGGUUGUAUGUUGGGAGCUUUUGGGAAAGAGCACAGUUAGAAAGAUAUGGCAUUUAGAAGCAAACCGGAUGGACAUCAUGAAAAUGAUCGGAGAGGUUGAGAGUAGAAGAAGUUCAGGAGCAAAAAAAUAAAUAAAUAUAUAUAUAUAUAUAUCCAUUUAUAUGGAUAUAGAAUUAUUGUAAAAUUAACUCUGUCCAUAAGGUGUAGAUAGUAAUUAUAGACCGGAAGUAGAGGCCUGGGCGUUGUUGUUCACUAAUUUACUCCAAGUAGGGAAAGGAUGGUGGGGUUGAAAAGUAAUAAAGGGGAAUAUAUAUAUAUAUAAACAUGGGGGAUUGGAAGUGAUGCAGACAAUUACAUUGAUAGAAGAUACAAUCUAUCUGCAAUAUUAAGCUGAUCCAUCCCCCCCCAAAAAAAAAAAAAAAAAAAAAACACUCCAAGCUCGCUCGCACAUUCGCUGACACUCCGCGCUCGCUCGCUCGCUCGCACAUUCGCUAACACUCCGCGCUCGCUCGCACAUUCGCUAACACUCCGCGCUCGCUCGCACAUUCGCUAACACUCCGCGCUCGCUCGCACAUUCGCUAACACUCCGCGCUCGCUCGCACAUUCGCUAACACUCCGCGCUCGCUCGCACAUUCGCUAACACUCCGCGCUCGCUCGCACAUUCGCUAACACUCCACCCGCUAGCACACCGCACGCGCUCGCUGACACUCCGCGCGAAAGUUUCAUUUCAGCCUCUGAGUUUGGUCCAGCCAAGCUCGAGACGUAUGAGCAGCUUAACAUUUAUUAUGAAGUGUGUAUCAUUCCACACUAUGCUGUGUAGUUGACCUUGUCUAGAAUGCCUACCCAAUGAGUGUGCCAGAGGGCUACCAAAAUCCCCCCCCUAAUUUAGGCUGAGUGAAUGACCAUUAGGUUUUACAGUAAUUGCAAGGCGAUCAAUUCUCAUAAUAAACUUUUCAUUUGGAAUGGAGGCAUUAUAAGUAUACCAGCAUAACACUCUCAUUGAUGAGAUCAUACGCAAGUCAUUAACUACUUAAAUGUUUAUGUAAUUGGAUGACAUUGGUCAGGCCCUAGAACAGCUUCAAGUGGCCCAUCAAAGAGAAAAUAUAUUUUUUAUUUCAGGGGAAAUUAGCUAGAAUGUGAAAAUGAUGAGACUUUCUUUCUCCUCUAGCUGGCUCUGAAGUAUUCAAACUAGAGGCAGCUCUUCCCGUGGGUCCGUGGCCCUAA